CCGCUUCCUCCUGCUCCUGGGCUGUGGGUGGCUGCUCCUCGCUGCUGCUGGGGCACCUGCCAGCCUCUGCACACCCCUGGCGCCUGGGGAAGCUCUCCUGCCCUGAGCUGUCACUGCCGUCCCUCAGGCCCGGACGCAAUGCAGGCCAUCAAGUGUGUGGUGGUGGGAGAUGGAGCCGUGGGAAAGACCUGCCUCCUCAUCAGCUACACCACCAACGCCUUCCCAGGAGAGUACAUCCCCACCGUGUUUGACAACUACUCAGCCAAUGUGAUGGUGGACAGCAAGCCCGUGAACCUGGGGCUGUGGGACACGGCUGGCCAGGAGGACUACGACCGCCUGCGGCCACUUUCCUACCCCCAGACGGACGUCUUCCUCAUCUGCUUCUCCCUCGUCAGCCCGGCCUCCUACGAGAAUGUCCGCGCCAAGUGGUUCCCCGAGGUGCGGCACCACUGCCCCAGCACCCCCAUCAUCCUGGUGGGCACCAAGCUGGAUCUGAGGGACGACAAGGACACCAUCGAGAGGCUGAAGGAGAAGAAGCUGGCACCCAUCACGUACCCACAGGGCCUGGCACUGGCCAAGGAGAUAGACUCGGUGAAGUACCUGGAGUGCUCGGCCCUCACCCAGCGGGGCCUGAAGACCGUCUUUGACGAGGCCAUCCGCGCCGUCCUGUGCCCCCAGCCCACGCGGCAGCAGAAGCGCCCCUGCAGCCUCCUCUAGGUGCCCCAGCCCUCCCUCCAGAUGGUCCUGACCCUCUGGGGUCCCUGCCCAAAGCCCGAUGGCUCGGUGGCUGGCCUGUCCCCUCCCUGUGACGUCUCUUCGCGAUGGCUGCAGAGCUUGGCUGACCGUCUCCGCUGGACGCCCUGGGCCGGGUCCUGAUCCCACGCUCCUGCCUUCCCAGGGCCCAGGGGCCCCAGGUCAAGGGCAGCCCACGCCCACUCGCCCCAGGCCCCCUCCGUGAGCUUCACGGCUGCUGGCCACCCCUGUUGACCUUCAGGGUCAGGGUCUCGCUCCGAUACUGAGGUCCUGCUUCUCUGAAAGUCAGGCUGAGCAAAACAGGGCCUUCGAAGCUGCUCCCCUGCCCCUCGUUCUGGUUCUUUGAGACGAUGUGAACAGGUCGGUUCUCUUCCUCUCUGUGGUGUCCUCCAAGCCCCUGCCCUCCCCGCCGCCUUCCGCUCACUCCAGGACCCUGAGCGCAUCCUCCUGGGAGAGCCUCCACUGCUCCUGCUCUGCCCGUCAGGACUCUGCUGCCGCAAGUAGAAAACCCCCUUCAAGCUUCUGAAGCAGAAAAUAAAUACAUGGUUCCCGUUUGAAACUA